AUGAGUGGUGUCGUGGAUCCUGAGACUUUGUACACAAAACAGAAUUGCAUCGGCGGUGGCAGUUUUGGUAAAGUUUACAAAGGAGUUGACAAGCGCACCGGGCAGGCUGUGGCCAUAAAAGUCAUCGAUGUCGAGAAUGCCGAAGAUGAAGUUGAAGAUAUUAUUCAAGAGAUCUCUAUCCUUUCCGAAUUACAUUCCCCGUUCGUUACGCAAUACUAUGGAUCAUAUCUUAGAGGUUCAGAUCUUUGGAUCGUCAUGGAAUUCUGUUCGGGUGGGAGUUGUGGGGACUUGAUGAAGCCGGGUUUGAUUCAGGAGGAAUAUAUUUCAAUCAUCAUACGGGAACUUCUACUGGGCUUGGAUUAUCUUCAUGGGGACAAGAAACUUCAUAGAGAUAUCAAAGCUGCAAAUGUUCUACUGGGCGCCAAUGGACAAGUCAAGCUCGCAGAUUUCGGCGUUUCCGGCCAAUUGUCUGCUACCAUGACUAAGAAGAAUACAUUCGUUGGAACACCAUUCUGGAUGGCCCCGGAAGUUAUCAAGCAAUCUGGUUAUGACCACAAAGCGGAUAUAUGGUCUCUGGGUAUCACGGCACUCGAACUUGCCAAUGGCGAACCUCCAUACUCAGAUAUUCAUCCAAUGAAAGUUCUAUUCCUCAUUCCCAAAAAUGCACCACCUAAAUUGGAAGGUAACUUCACAAAAGCUUUCAAGGAAUUUGUCGAAUUGUGCCUUCAACGAGACCCGAGAGAACGACCAUCUGCCAGAGAAUUGCUCAAGCACCCCUUUGUGCGAAAAGCUAAGAAGACUUCAUACUUGACGGAAUUGAUAGAGAGAUACGAACGUUGGGCAGUACAUCAUAAGGGCGACGACGAUGACUCGGAUAAUGAACGAGAGGAAGCCCCCCGACCCAAACCUGUGAACGAGGACUUAUGGGAUUUUGGUACAGUCCGACCAGCUGGUGGAAAGGUGAAUGUAAGGGUUGGAUUGAAUGCCAUGGGAGAAUCUGCCACGAAUGCAAGGGCAUCGAGAGCAUCAGAGGAGGACAAUUAUGCAGAGCGUCCGCGACAGCAAUCACCUUCGAAAGCGAAAGAGUUUGGAUAUGUCUCAAGUAUUGAAACUGUCAAGGCAAUGAACUCUCCGGUAGACGCACAACCCAGGCAACCCUCCCCACAGAGACGGCCUGUUCCGAGUAUGCAGAAUCCAAUGUCACCUACCAAGGUCCCACUCCCACCAUCACCGGAGAAAUUCAAACCUCCUGGAUUAGAGACACCUAGAAUGGCCGCGCCGAGCUAUUCAAGUAGGCAGUUUUCCGAAUCUCCUGAUUAUGAUCGUACAUUGCAAGAACAACUCCAACAGGAUAUGGGAUUUCUGAAGCUCAGUGAACCAUCUCCUCCACCACUGCGAAUUCCCCAAUUCACCGCCCCGAUACCAAUACUUUACACGAAUCGAAAUACUCCACCUGCAGCAGUACCACGGACAUAUACACAACAGCCAUUACUAAAGCUUGCCCCCAUCAAAUUACCUGAAAUUCCUCCAUUCCGUGGCAGCGGCCAGCCUCAACCACUACAACAAAGACUUCCAAACCAAGUGCCUGCUGCAGAACCUCGGAAACAGCCUCAGCCUCAGCCGCUUCCCUUACCUCCUCAUCCUACAGGCCUUCAAAACAUAAACCUGCGCCAGGCAGGUCAGCAGCCAUUACCUGCGUUACCAUCAAAGAAAUUACGCAAUUCCCCUUCUCAAGAAAGCAUUUCAUCUCAAUCCUCAAGAACUCCAUCAUCUAUGCCUUCACCUGCACCAACUAGUCCAACUGGAGAACUUGAUGCAUUGAACGAUGUGAUCUUUCCUGCACUUGAAGAAGCGCUCAAGCGACGCCAGUAUCGCUUACAACAUGCUUUCCGGGCGAGUGGACCCACACCAAAGCACACAAGAGCGCAAGCUGCCCACGACAAGCUACGAAAACUAGUUUACAAGCUUGCACAUGUGUGCAAAGAAAUUGACCACUGGGAUAAAGAGGAACCAGUAGGUAUGGGGAAAGACGUGGAUGUCUUUCUUGAAGGAUUGUUGGAAGAAAUCUUAGUCCGUGUUGAGCCGGCUGAUGAGGAAGACCCUGAUGUGAGAUGA